AUGAAUCUUUCUAAAGAUCUUGCACCAAAUGAUCAAAAUAAUUUAAAGAUAUUACGUCAAGUUGAGUUUUAUUUAAGCGAAGGAAACUUAAAUCGCGAUAGCUUCUUCAAACAGGAAAUGCAAAAACGAGAUGAUGGUGGUAUCCCAAUAGAUCUGCUGCUAAAGUGUAAUCGUAUGAUUGCUAUGAAUGUCACAGAGGAUAUUCUAAAAAAUGUUGUUGGAACAUCAAAAAUUGUGAGUCUGUCUAAUGAUGGGUUGGCUAUUGUCCGAGUAUUGCCGUUAUCUGAGUUGGGACCUCGUGAAAGGCGAACUAUCUUAGUAACAGGACUUCCACGUUUAUCCAUCGGAAUAACUGAAAAAGUAGGUGUGGACAACACUCCUCAUAGGCAAAGUUCAAAACCAAGUGAAAAUGAGCUGAAAAACAUAACCUCAGCAAGUUGGGAACUUGGUGACUGGAUUCGGAAUGUAUUUGAAGAAUACGGUGAAGUCCUAUUUGUCAGUUUACCUCGUUAUCACCACUCUAAUUCGUUCCGAGGAUUUGCUUUCGUUGAAUUCAGAACGUCUAAAUCUGCUAGAAAAGCUGUUAAACAUAUGUGUGUUUUCAUGGAAAAUGAAAAUUGGCUCGUGCAACCUACUGAAACAAAUGAAGUAUCCGAGUGUCCAGAAUCAGCAUGGAAACCACGACUUGCAUCUAAAGUUUCUUUUUCACCUCAGCAAAUGUUAGCCAGACGGCAUAUUUGGCGCUGUUGCUCUCGAAAGAAUAAACAACUUAUUGCAGCGUUCAAACAUUUACGUCAGGUCGGAUACACUGCUAGCAAUCCAUGUGAUAAGGAAUAUUAUUCAAUUAUACUUGGUGAUAACUCUACAGAAGCUAUACUGAAUUAUGUUAAAAACAAUCGUUCUUAUGAACCAUGUCAAUCUAAACUACGUGUAUUUCGUUAUUCUGAUUGGAUAUUUUGGAAGCAAAAGUUUUAUCUGUGGCAACAAGCAUGGAUUGCAAGAAUGCAUCAUAAAACUGAAUUAUUAAUGACUAACAAAAAUAUUAGUAGCAAUGAUGAAUAUGAUGAGGAUGCCACUAUGGAAGAGAAAGAAUUUUAUCAAAUAGAUUCUGAAAUAAAUCGAAAUUCACUGCCAGUAAAAUGUUUAGAUGAAUCUUCAACUAGACCAAAAGCACUUCCAAAUAAUUUUGUUCCGAAUUCCAUUGUUCAGAUAUAUUGGCCUUCAGUAUUGAUUCCCAAAGGAGAUUCAGCAGAUACACAUCUGUCUGAUGGUCUUGGUGAUACACUGAUAACACCGAAGAAGUUAUCAUUUGCUCGAUGUCUGCGUAUUAGUCUAGAAAAAAAUCUUCUUGUUCCAUGUAAUCUUUUAAAAGAUGUUGCUCAUGUAGACCCAAACCCUAACCAAAAUCUAUUGAACUCUGUUAACCAAUUUGGGUGUUGUAUAAUACCAAAUACUAAUCUAAAUGAAUCACUUUCGUCAGAUGAAUUUGUUCCUCUUUUUAUUCGAAUGAAAAAUAAUAAAACUGCUCUGAAAUUGGUACAAUCUGUUAAUCUUUCUACAAUUCAUGGAGUAACAGCACGUAUUCUUGAAGGUCCUAAUGAACAGGCGUACUGUGAUAAUAUUAUCAAAUCUAAGUUAAAUGCUAGAGAACGCCAUCGGACUUCACAAUUAAACAAACGUCAAAAACAAAAAUCUGCAGAUCAUCAUCCUACAUCAUUCACUAAUUGUAUACCUCCAAGUAAUAAGACUGAUCACAAGCAUAUUGUAUUCGAUGAAUAA